AUGCAACAAGCAGUCACGGCAUCGUCAGAAUCACCAACCUUGACAAUCACCACCACCAUCACUUCAAUGGCCACGCUGUUUGAUUUCACCCGGGCCACCAAAGCGCCAGGCUCAGCAGCAAGCCCGCCUGGCCCCGCGAUACGAUCCCCGCACCUGGACCAGCCCUCGAGCCCAGCGGAGCUAUCGACCGGGACCAUCAUCGGCAUCGCGGUUGGAUCCCUCUUCAUGCUCAUCCUGGUGGUUGCGCUCCUGCGCUUUGCCUUGGGCUGCUGCUGCGCUGGACGCGCGAGACGGCAGCGCCCUGUCCAGAUGUCCGUGCUUCACCACAAUCGGGGCGCGGCAGUUGCAGCAGCUGCUGCAGUGGCAGCAACAGCUGGGGGCUCAUAUGCAUAG